UCGAUAACACUGCACUGUUAGUUAACAUUCUUCUGGAAAAACAUCUGCGACUGUUGUCUUUUAACUAGUGUAGAUUAUUUAUUUUAUCCUCUUGAAUGUCGCAUACUUCACCUGAUUUCCCGCCUCCUCCACCUCCACCACCUAUGGUGGUCCGGUCUGGAGCACCUGCUGCAGCAACUGAAGAUCCUGUUGUAGGCAAUAUAACCACCGACGAGUGUAGCUGGGCCUGGGAGUACCCCGAAGUGCAAAAGGGCUGUUUCUUAGGUCGUGUUUUCGAGAAUGCUCCCCCAAAACACUGCCAAUAUUACUCCGUUAAGAGCAUUGUCCAGGUUGGCCCCACCUGCGGACUGACGGCCUUGAGCAUGUUGCUUGGUGGUCAUCCGCCGUCGGCGGAUCUUCUAAAGGAUGCCAUUGCCCAUGAGUACACCUUAAAUGGAGAAUUAUUUAGUGCUCAGUAUUUGUUCGAACUCACCAAAAAACACAUGCCAGGACCUGCCGCAUGCCAGCUUCAUGUGGGUCCUCUGAACUGCAAAAAAGUUAAGGAGCUAUUGAAGGCCGGAGGCUGCCUUCUAGUACCUUAUGAUGCAGAUGUCAACCAUGUGCCCUGUCUGAAAUCCGGACACCGAGCUCAUUGGGCUUUGAUUGUGGGCUACCUGGUGGACAUGCAGGAGCAGUACUAUGUCUUGGCCCGCCACGGUAAGACCCGGAAUCUGGCCGUCUGGUCACUGGACAUGCUCAGCCAGAGCAAUGCCAAUCUGCUGGAGUUUGCCCAGCCCAAGGGCUAUCCGGAUAAUGACUUUCUGCUGCCACCGGGUGGAAUUAGUGGUCCUCUGGGCCUUAACGAGCGCUCUAUUCUAGUCAACGGCCUGCCACAGCCGAUGCAAUAUGUGCGCUGAUCCUACAUACAUGUGUUCAAUAAAGAGUCUUGAUCAUUUCGUA